CGCGGGAAAAGUGGGCGGGCCCGGCGUCGCGGCGCUUCCGGGUCGAAGGUCGUGGCUUCCGGCGUCCAUUUCUUUCAUCCCGUCUCCCUCUGAGAGUCUCGUGAGGCUGAAGAUAAAAAGCGGCGGAAAAAAAAUAUAAAAUUAAAGAAAUGUCACACACAAUUCUCCUUGUACAACCUACUAAACGGCCAGAGGGAAGGACCUACGCAGAUUAUGAAUCUGUCAAUGAAUGUAUGGAAGGUGUCUGCAAAAUGUUUGAAGAACAUUUAAAGCGAAUGAACCCAAACAGUCCGUCUAUCACGUAUGACAUUAGCCAGCUCUUUGACUUCAUUGAUGACCUUGCUGACCUCAGCUGCCUCGUAUAUCGAGCAGACACACAGACUUACCAACCUUACAACAAGGACUGGCUCAAGGAGAAGAUCUACAUCCUGCUUCGCCGACAAGCCCAGCAGGCAGGAAAGUAACUGCUGGUCUGGCUCAGCGGCUCAGUGCUCUACAAGGAGAAUGAUUGAUUGCACCAAUUUUCUUUUUUAGCUCACAGAUGUCCCUCUUCAGGUCUUUGGAGCACCUGAGUGUGCUGCUUGUAGAUCUCAAUAUUUUUGUAGAAAUAAUUUGAUUUGCCCCUACCCCAUUAGAAAGCUUGCUCCUUUUUAUCAAAUCAUGCAUUGGUGUUUUAAAACAAGCCACAUUGGAUGGAAUGUAAGGACCAGCCUUGCCCUUACAGCCAUCUUUCAUUCAGACACUGAUUGGGAACAAACCUGACUGCUUUUGUCAUUCAUGGAUGAACUCUUAACAUAAUACUGUCACUAGGCUCCUGAUCAGACCUAACUUUGUCUUAGAAGAGAGUGGUUUUGCCAACUGUCUGCAACCUGUCCAGUUUAUAGAGCAGUGAGGACCGAACAGACUGUCUCAGAAGAAAAGCUCUUUUGGGUUAAACAUUUUUUCUAGAAAGUUAAUCUUCUUGUCUGAUGUGUUGUUUCUGCAGAGUUGUUUCUGUAGGACCAAAGUUCUGGUUACCCAGUAGUUUGGUUUUUUUGCUUCAGGUUAUGGUUUUUGCAGAUUAAAUUUUUGUUUUAAUAUGAAAA